GGGAGGAGGAGACAAUGGAGCUAGAGAGCAGGAGGUUGUGGGAGGAGCGGAGAGGAUGGUUUGGGUGGUAUUUGGAGACAAGUAUGGGGAUGUAAUUUGGGGCAGAGUUAUAAAUGGCUUUAUAUGUUAUUGUUAAUGUUUUGAAUUGUAUCCAUUGGGCAAUGGGAAGCCAGUGGAGGGAUUGGCAGAGAGGGGUGGAGGACACUGAGUGGAAGCCAGUGGAGGGAUUGGCAGAGAGGGGCAGAGAGGGGUGGAGGACACUGAGUGGAGGCCUGUGGAGGGAUUGGCAGAGAGGGGUGGAGGACACUGAGUGGAAGCCAGUGGAAAGAUUGGCA